UCCAUGGUGGCCAGUCUCUUUAAGAGCUUGAUUUUAGCUUAUAUACAUAAGCUGUACAAAGGAAUGUUUACAAAGAAACUGGGAAAUACAACCAAAAAAAAAGAGAAUUGUCAGCAGAAAAAAGAUCAAGAUUUUCCAACUGCUGGCCACACCAAACCCCCUAAAUUGUCAAAUGCCCUGAAAAGCACUGUAAAAAAGAUUGCAAAGUGCUCAUCCACCCGUAACUUCUCCAUAGAAGACGAAGAAGGUCACAAAGACUUCUCCCUGUCACCCACAUUCAGUUACCGAGUUGCUAUUGCCAAUGGCCUGCAAACAGCCGUGACCAACAGUGAUGAGGACCUGCUUCAGGAGCUGUCUUCCAUUGAGAGCUCAUACUCUGAAUCCUUCAAUGAGCUAAGGAGCAGCACAGAAAACCAGGUUCAGUCAACACACACCAUGCCAGUCAGACGUAACAGGAAGAGCUCAAGCAGCUUGGCACCCUCAGAGGGCAGCUCAGAUGGGGAGCGCACCCUCCACACCUUAAAACUGGGUGCUCUACGGAAACUGAGGAAAUGGAAGAAGAGCCAAGAGUGUGUCUCCUCAGACUCAGAGUUGAGCACCGUGAAGAAAACCUGGGGCAUAAGAAGCAAAUCAUUAGAUAGAACUGCUCGGAACCCAAAGACAAAUGUCUUGGAGCCAGGGUUCAGCUCCUCUGGCUGCAUUAGCCAAACCCAUGAUGUCAUGGAAAUGAUCUUUAAAGAGCUUCAGGGUAUAAGUCAGAUUGAAACAGAACUUUCUGAACUCCGAGGGCACGUGAAUGCUCUCAAAUACUCUAUCGAUGAAAUAUCUAGCAGCGUGGAGGUAGUCCAGAGCGAGAUUGAACAGCUUCGGACAGGGUUUGUCCAGGCUCGAAGGGAAACUAGAGACAUCCACGAUUACAUAAAACACUUGGGUCACAUGGGGAGUAAGGUAAGCCUGAGAUUUUUAAAUGUGCCUGAAGAAAGACAUGAAUAUGUGGAAAGCGUAGUGUACCAAAUUCUUGUAGAUAAAAUGGGUUUUUCGGAUGUACCAAAUGCUAUUAAAAUUGAAUUUGCUCAGAGGAUAGGGCAGCAAAGGGAUUGCCCAAAUGCAAAACCUCGACCCAUCCUUGUAUACUUUGAAACACCUCAGCAAAGGGAUUCUGUCUUAAAGAAAUCAUAUAAGCUCAAAGGCACAGGUAUCGGGAUCUCUACAGAUAUUCUAACUUAUGACAUCAGAGAGAGGAAAGAGAGAGGGGUGUUGCCAUCUUCCCAGACAUAUGAAAGCAUGGAUAUGAAGUUGUCCACGCCAGAGCCCAAAGCCAAGAAGAACGCUUGGCUGUCACCCAAUGACAGUGACAGAGAGCUGGAGUCAGACCUCAGCAGAAGCAGCUAUGCCGACUCUCCAGCAAAGGGAAGUUCUUCUAAGUCCAGCUCAAAGUCACACAGCGCUCGGUCUAAGAACAAAGCAACUAAUAGCAGAACAUCACAGAAGUCAGACUACAAUAAACGGCCCUCUCAACCGCCAGCAUCAAGUACCCCGGAAAAGCAAACACGUCACUAUGUGGAAGCCACACCACCACUCUGGCAUUCACAGAGUGACUUCUUCACUCCUAAACUUAGUCGCUCUGAGUCAGAUUUUUCCAAAUUGUGUCAGUCUUAUUCAGAGGAUUUUUCUGAAAGUCAGUUUUUCUGUCGAACUAAUGGGAGCUCCCUCCUUUCCUCUUCUGACCGGGAACUUUGGCAGAGAAAACAGGAGGGCAUGCCUGCCUUGUACCACAGACUGCAGGACCAGGGUUUGGAUGAGAAUAUUCCAUCAGCACCAGGGCAGAGUGAAAUUGAGAAUACAGAAACAGUAGACAGUGGCAUGAGCAACAGCAUGGUGUGUGCGUCUGCAGACCGAAGCAAUUACAGUGGUUCCCAGCUCUCACUGCAUGAGGACCUGUCUCCAUGGAAGGAGUGGAAUCAGUCAGGGCAAGGAACUGAUGUUGCCUUAGAUUCAUCUGCCCAGGAACCUUUUGACUACGACACCAAUAGUUUGUCUGACCAACAGCUGGAUAUCUCCAGCAAAGACCUAGAUGACCUUGGCAAGUGCCACAGUGACCUGCAAGAUGACUCUGAAAGCUAUGAUUUAACCCAGGAUGACAACUCUUCUCCAUGUCCUGGAUUGGAUAAUGAACCACAAGGCCAGUGGGUUAGCCAGUAUGAUUCUUAUCAGGAAGCCAAUUCUAAUGACCUGUACCCCAACCAAAGCCAUCCGUCCAUGAUGUAUCGAAGUCAAAGUGAAUUGCAAAGUGAUGAUUCAGAAGGGGCCCAGCCCAAGUCCUGGCACAGUCGACUAAGCAUCGACCUUUCUGAUAAGACCUUUAAGUUCCCCAAAUUUGGAUCUACUCUUCAGAGGGCGAAGUCAGCCCUGGAAGUAGUGUGGAACAAGAGCACACAGAGUCUCAGUGGGUGUGAGGACAGUGGCUCUUCCUUAAUGGGGAGAUUUCGGACAUUAUCUCAAUCCACUGCAAAUGAGUCAAGUACCACCCUUGACUCUGAUAUCUAUACAGAACCCUAUUACUAUAAAGCUGAGGAAGAGGAGGACUACUGCGAACCAGUGGCUGACAGUGAGACAGAUUAUGUUGAAGUGAUGGAGCAGGUCCUAGCUAAGCUAGAAAACAGGACUAGUAUCACUGAAGUAGAUGAACACAUUAAAGACUAUGACUACCCUUCCUAUGAAACUCCUUAUGAGACCCCUCAAGAUGAGGGCUAUGAUGGGCAGGCUGAUGACAUCAUUAGUGAAGGAGAGCUGGAAACCUUAAAUGAACCAGCAGUUGAAAUGGAAUUAGCAGAAGAUGAGAACCAAAACAUCCCUGUAGAGCUACCGGAGGUCAUGAAGCCAAAGAGAAUCCGACCUUCCUUCAAAGAAGCAGCUUUAAGGGCCUAUAAGAAGCAGAUGGCAGAGCUGGAAGAGAAGAUCCUGGCUGGAGAUAGCAGCUCUGUGGAUGAAAAGGCUCGAAUAGUAAGCGGCAAUGAUUUGGAUGCUUCCAAAUUCUCCGCACUCCAGGUGUUCGGUGGGGCUGGGCGUGGACUGUAUGGUAUAGAUAGCAUGCCUGAUCUCCGCAGGAAAAAGACACUGCCUAUUGUACGGGAUGUGGCCAUGACCCUGGCUGCCCGGAAAUCUGGUCUCUCCCUUGCUAUGGUUAUCAGGACAUCACUGAACAAUGAGGAGCUGAAAAUGCACGUCUUCAGGAAAACUUUGCAGGCAUUGAUCUACCCCAUUUCUUCCACCACUCCCCACAACUUCGAGGUCUGGACAGCUACCACACCCACCUACUGCUAUGAAUGUGAGGGGCUGCUGUGGGGCAUCGCAAGACAAGGCAUGAAGUGUCUGGAGUGUGGGGUGAAAUGUCACGAGAAGUGUCAGGACCUGCUCAAUGCCGACUGUCUGCAACGCGCAGCAGAGAAGAGCUCUAAGCAUGGUGCGGAGGACAAGACACAGACCAUCAUCACAGCCAUGAAAGAAAGGAUGAAGAUCAGGGAGAGGAACAGGCCAGAGGUGUUUGAAGUCAUUCAGGAAAUGUUCCAGAUCUCCAAAGAGGAUUUCGUGCAGUACACAAAGGCUGCCAAGCAGAGUGUGCUGGAUGGGACGUCCAAGUGGUCAGCAAAAAUAACCAUCACAGUGGUUUCUGCACAAGGCUUACAGGCAAAGGACAAAACAGGGUCCAGUGACCCAUACGUGACAGUUCAAGUUGGCAAGAAUAAAAGAAGAACGAAAACUAUCUUUGGAAACUUGAAUCCAGUGUGGGAUGAGAAAUUCUACUUUGAGUGUCAUAACUCAACAGAUCGAAUCAAGGUCAGAGUAUGGGAUGAAGAUGAUGACAUCAAAUCCAGAGUUAAGCAGCACUUCAAGAAGGAGUCGGAUGACUUUCUGGGACAGACGAUUGUGGAAGUCAGAACUCUGAGUGGCGAGAUGGAUGUCUGGUACAACUUAGAGAAACGGACAGAUAAGUCAGCUGUGUCUGGGGCCAUCCGGCUAAAAAUCAAUGUGGAAAUAAAGGGAGAAGAGAAGGUUGCGCCAUACCAUAUACAAUACACUUGUUUACACGAGAACCUGUUCCAUUACCUGACGGAAGUGAAGUCUAAUGGCAGUGUGAAAAUACCAGAAGUCAAAGGUGAUGAAGCCUGGAAGGUUUUCUUUGAUGAUGCUUCUCAAGAAAUAGUGGAUGAAUUUGCCAUGCGUUAUGGGGUUGAGUCCAUUUAUCAAGCUAUGACGCACUUCUCAUGUCUGUCUUCUAAGUACAUGUGCCCGGGUGUCCCUGCAGUCAUGAGCGCCCUGCUGGCGAACAUCAACGCCUUCUAUGCGCAUACGACUGUCUCUACUAACGUGCAGGUCUCUGCCUCUGAUCGCUUUGCUGCUACAAACUUUGGGAGGGAAAAAUUCAUAAAACUACUGGACCAGUUGCAUAACUCCUUAAGGAUUGACCUAUCAAAGUACAGGGAAAACUUUCCAGCUAGCAACAGUGAGAGACUACAGGACCUAAAGUCCACCGUGGACCUGCUGACCAGCAUUACCUUCUUCCGGAUGAAGGUCCUGGAGCUGCAGAGCCCCCCAAAGGCCAGCGCAGUGGUGAAGGAUUGUGUCAGGGCUUGUCUGGAUUCUACAUACAAGUAUAUCUUCGACAACUGCCACGAACUCUAUUCUCAGCUGAUAGACCCGAGCAAAAAGCAGGAUGUUCCUCGGGAAGACCAGGGACCAACCACCAAGAACCUGGACUUCUGGCCACAGCUGAUAACGCUGAUGGUCACUAUUAUUGAUGAGGAUAAAACUGCCUACACCCCUGUUCUCAAUCAGUUUCCACAAGAACUAAACAUGGGAAAGAUAAGUGCAGAAAUCAUGUGGUCUCUCUUUGCUCUCGAUAUGAAAUAUGCUCUAGAGGAACAUGAGAAGCAACGCUUAUGCAAGAGCACCGAUUAUAUGAAUUUGCAUUUCAAAGUGAAGUGGUUUUAUAAUGAGUAUGUACGAGAACUUCCUGCCUUCAAGGAUGCUGUUCCAGAAUAUUCCCUGUGGUUUGAGCCUUUCGUUAUGCAAUGGCUAGAUGAAAAUGAAGAUGUGUCCAUGGAGUUCCUUCAUGGAGCCCUCGGAAGAGACAAAAAAGAUGGAUUCCAGCAGACAUCGGACCAUGCCCUCUUCUCCUGCUCUGUAGUUGAUGUGUUUGCUCAGCUUAACCAGAGCUUUGAGAUCAUUAAGAAGCUGGAAUGCCCCAAUCCUGAAGCCUUGUCACACUUAAUGAGACGAUUUGCAAAGACCAUCAAUAAGGUUCUGGUCCAGUACGCUGCAAUCGUAUCAAGUGACUUCAGUUCAUACUGCGAUAAGGAGACUGUGCCUUGCAUAUUGAUGAACAACAUCCAACAACUGCGGGUCCAGCUGGAAAAAAUGUUCGAAUCCAUGGGUGGGAAAGAGCUAGACCCUGAAGCUAGCACUAUUCUGAAAGAACUUCAAAUCAAACUCAACGGGGUUCUGGAUGCGCUCAGCAUCACUUAUGGAGAAAGUUUCCAACUUGUAAUCGAAGAGUGUAUAAAGCAGAUGGGUACUGAGCUAAAUCAAAUGCGAACAAAUGGAAACAGCGCAGCGAAUAAGAACAGUGCGGCGGUGGAUGCGGAGAUUGUGCUGAGGCCGCUCAUGGACUUCUUGGAUAAGACAUUAAGUCUUUCGGCAAAAAUCUGUGAGAAAACAGUCCUGAAGCGAGUUCUGAAGGAGCUCUGGAAGUUAGUCCUUAACAAGAUAGAGAAACAGAUUGUUCUGCCUCCUCUGACAGACCAAACAGGACCUCAGAUGAUCUUCAUUGCAGCUAAAGAUCUUGGACAAUUAUCCAAACUGAAGGAGCACAUGAUUCGAGAAGAUGCCAAGGGUCUGUCACCAAGACAAUGUGCAAUAAUGGAGGUGGUCUUGGCCACUAUUAAGCAAUAUUUUCAUGCAGGAGGAAAUGGCCUGAAGAAGAAUUUUCUGGAGAAAAGCCCAGAUCUUCAUUCCCUGAGAUAUGCUCUCAGCCUCUACACACAAACUACUGAUGCUUUGAUCAAGAAGUUCAUAGAGACACAGGGCUCACAGAGUCGUUCCUCCAAAGAUUCUGUAGGCCAGAUCUCUGUCCAUGUGGAUAUCACCACCACCCCAGGGACUGGAGAGCAUAAAGUCACUGUAAAAGUGAUCGCAAUCAAUGACCUAAACUGGCAGACCACCGCCAUGUUCCGCCCGUUUGUGGAAGUGUGCAUGCUGGGACCCAGCCUCGGGGACAAGAAGAGAAAACAAGGGACAAAGACAAAAAGCAACACAUGGUCACCGAAGUACAAUGAGACCUUCCAGUUCAUUCUGGGUAAUGAAAACCGCCCAGGAGCCUAUGAACUUCACCUCUCAGUUAAGGACUACUGCUUUGCCCGAGAAGAUCGAAUAAUUGGGAUGACAGUCAUUCAGUUACAGAACAUAGCAGAGAAAGGGAGCUACGGGGCAUGGUACCCUCUUCUGAAAAAUCUCUCUAUGGAUGAAACUGGUUUAACCAUCCUUAGAAUACUCUCUCAGAGGACCAGCGACGAUGUCGCUAAAGAGUUUGUGAGACUUAAGUCUGAAACCAGGUCUAUUGAAGAGAGUGGCUGA